AUGCAGCUAAAGAAAAUGAGGGACAUUUUACCAAAACUGUAUACAAGCCAAGUUAAUGACAUAAAUAAUUCUUUGACUACAUCUCCAAAGCAAGCCAAUGAGGAUGAAGCAAAUCAACCAAAAGGGACUGAAGGCCAGAAUUGUGUCUAUCAAGCAGCAGAAGCUGAGGAUAAGCUGUCAUUGGUCCUUUGUAUAAAGUGCAGAAGUGUGCAAAAACUUCCAGUGCAUGAAUUACAAAAGCAUAACAAACCCAGGCAGACUGAAGACAAAAACUUCAUUUGCAGCAGCUGUAGUCUGAAUACGCCACCGACUUUCCAUUUUGUAGCUGACAGUGCCACUGCCAUAGAUUUAGAAAAUCAAGAAAAACCAUCCCUAAGUAAAACUCAAAAAACAUUUAAAGUAAAAAACUUUCAACCAGACAAAUAUUACUGCGAUAAAUGUCGAUUUUCAACAAAGGAUCCUUUGCAGUAUAAAAAGCAUGUAGUUCAACAUGAGGAGAUUAAGUUUGUUUGCUCCCACUGUAACUAUGUAUCCUACACCAAAGGAGAAUUCCAACGGCAUUUGGUGAAACACACUGGAACUUUUCCAUAUCAAUGUGAAUACUGUGAAUAUGGUGCUGUUAGACAUGAUUAUAUAGUUAAGCAUACCAGAAGAGUACAUGAAACAGUUACUGAGAAGGGGCCAAUGAAUAUGGCUACAAAACAAGAGCAAAAGAGAUCUUGCUUACCAAAGAGAAGCACUUUGUUUUCUGAAAAGCAGAAGUGUGAUCAAAAAGUUCCUCUUCAGAAUGAGCCUUCAGAUUUAUCAAGUACAAUUUGCAGCAAAAUCCAAGAUGAAAUGAGCAAAACAGUUUGUUUGUCUGGCGAUGUAGAAUGUAGCCUAGGUACAGCAUCAGUCCGAGAUAAAACUGUAUUGGAACCAGCUGAAGUAAACAUAUAUGAGAACCAAAAUGUGGAAGUUGAAGUUUAUUCUCCAAAAAAAGAGCCCAUACAGCCUGGAAUGCCAUUAACAGUGAUUGCACCUUCAGAACUUGUAGUUCCUUCUAACUGCUUAGCUCAGUUAUUAGACAUAAAAAUAGUGAAUGGCACACAACAGUUGGUUCUUAAACUUAUUCCUCUGAAAGAAACAAGUAAUAAACCUAUAAACUGCGAAGAAGAAGAACUCAGAAAUCAAGGUGCAGAACAAACAAAGAAAGGAAAAAGAAUAACUUCUGUUGCUCAAAAUGAAUUAACCACCGAAGCAACUGUAAAUUUAUCUAGUAUUAGUAACAUGUUUGCUUCAGAUAAUAAAUACAACAAGAACUCUGAAUGUCUUAAUUCCUCCAAUUCUCACACUUCAGACUGUAACUCAAAUGUACCUAGCCAGGAUAAAUCAAGAAUAAGUUGCCCUAAAUCCUCAAAUAAGGAAAAAUAUGUAAAAAAUGAUUUAUACUGUUCUAAAGAGACUCUGGACAUGUCCCCAUGUGCAUAUGCUGCUUCCUCUGAAGGUGAUAGAUCCCAAACUGUUUUGUUGCAGGCGGCUCAGAAGAGCAACAGUUCCUCUUCAUCUCCUGCCCUUGGAGAAAAGGACAUAUUGCCUUUAAAUGGUAAUGACAAAGAAUGCAGAAGCCACAUCAUUAGCUCUCUGGAAACACAUUUAUUUGAUACCUGUUUGGUUAAAGAAUCUUUGAAAACUUCUCAAGGAGGGGGAGAGUUCUGUUUAAAUAAAAGUACAUCUUUAGAGGAAUCAAGUGUUGGCUUAAGUAAAUUAAACAGAGAGCACUCUGAUUGUCAAAAUCCGCUAGAAGCUUUAGAAUUGCAGAAUGUAGAAAAUAAGGACAGCCCUCCUGAAGGUCCUGUCAUUUCAUCUGUAUUUUCCCUUAGCUCUGGGGCUGAAAACAUCCCAGAGGGAAUCAAGUGGGAUAAUACUGCAUGCAAUAAAAAGUCAACAACAAUGCUGUGUAGAAAGAUUGCUCAGUUGAUGUCUGCUGCUGAGUGUAAUGUGAAAUCUACAUUGGCUGCUUCACCUAUGCCUGUUAGAUGUUGUGCUUCUAAUAAGAAGAUGCCUUUGCCUCAGGAAACUUUAGCAAACUCUGAAAAAAAUGUCCCUGUUACUGAAUUGGAACAAUUUGCAUCUUCUCUUCAAACACCGCAGAAUGGUGGGAUUGGUAAUGAACUGUGUAAUAAACAACAACCACAAUCACGGUCAGCUACAAUAAAAACUAAAAGUAGAAUGACUAAAAACACUCACAUUGCUACUCCAGUGUUCAUUCCAAAAGGGACAGUGCUGAGGGUCCUGAAUGUCACUAGGAGUGAGAACACAAAAGAAGCAGGAGAUAACAAAAUGACAUCUGCUACGCUGUGUUGCAACGAAAUGUUUCUACCACGACCAGUUCCUUUCAGCAUUUCUGAGAAACUAAGCAGUAACUUACCUUUGCCCAAUGAGAGUGAAUUUAAUGAGCAGUCCAGAAAUCAAAAUAUGUCACUUAGGCACAGACCAAAAAGAGAGGCUAAUGCAAAAAGUAAUAGCAAACAAAAUUGUGUACUACUGCAUCAAAAAAGUGAUGAGCUAAGUAAGCAGAGCAAACUUACUUCAAAGGAUCAACUUGUACCUAAAAAUAAGGUAAAACAAGCAAAUUCCAGGGAUUAUUUGUCUAAGAAGAAAACAAGAAUUCACUCAGAAACCAAUGGCAUUUCUGAGGCGAUGCCUCUUUUGACAGCAAGACGUCUUAGGCUUGUACCUCUUAGAGAACAUCAGUUGAUAAAAUGUCCUCGUCGUAACCAGCCUGUAGUUGUGUUAAAUCAUCCUGAUGUUGAUUCAGCAGAGGUAAUUAAUAUAAUGAAAAUUGUCAACAAGUAUAAAGGCAAUAUUGUGAAAGUCGUUUUAUCAGAAAGAACGAGUAGUUGUCUUGGUGUGAAACAGUAUAAUAAACGGCUUACAUUUCAGAACUUGGAAACAACAAGCCAAAUGAAAAAGCAGAACUUUUUAAAAAUGAAGCUAAAAAAGACCCAUAAAAAUAACUACCGGGUUGUGGAAACGUCACCAGCUAAAACACUGCAGUGUAUGUUUAAGUGUUGGUUUUGUGGAAGGAUAUAUGUAGACCAGGAAGAGUGGAUAAGUCAUGGACAGAGACAUUUGAUAGAAGCAACCAAAGGCUGGGAUGUUCUUUCUCUUCCUCUAGAGAGCCACAAGUGA